UCCCCGGAACUUCUGCUCUCUCCUGGGUGUCUACCAGCGCCGUAAGCUCGCAUCUGGAUCCCAGUAGGACAGGCUCGCAGUCUAGUACCCCGACCCGCAGAAACCACGGCCUCCUCGCUGGUGGACAGAAAGCGAGAAAACACACGAAUCAGCUUUUUGAGGUCUUCUCCUUGCUUGUGGUUCUUCCUGCCGCCGCAACCAAGAGAGCCCACUCCUGGGAUUCCUGUCUGCGGUGCACAAAAGUUUUUCAAACUCUUGCAAAAGUUUUGUUUGUUCGCGUCUUCGUGAUUGAAUUGAGUGUGGAACUCGGCGUUGUCUUUACCAGCCGGGCUGUUAGAGGAAUUAAGUCAGAGGUGGUGUUUUUUUUUUAAGUUUGAAUGUUUGUGUGAAUGAAGCGCCUGUUGAGCCGAAGGAAGCAACAAGUCUCCAUGAGGAACCUCGGCGUGGCUCACACUUAGCUACUCACCUGGACGCUUUUUCGACGUCUUGUCCGCUUCUUGUGUGCGUGUUUUUCCGUCUAAAGCUGAUCCAAAAUGAAGACGCUGGUGUUGCUGAGUGUGCUGAGCCCCCUGGUCGUGUUGUGUUUGUCCGCCACGGCGGAGCAAAAGUUGAGAAACUGCAACGAAGUCCGGGCUGCCUACAGCUCCAAGGGCUUCAACGUCAACGAUGUUCCCAACAAAGGAGUCACCGGAGCACCCCUGAAAGUCUGUCCGCAGGGUUUCUCCUGCUGCACGGUGGAGAUGGAGGAGAAGCUGAGCCAGCAGAGUCACUAUGAGAUCAAAGCUCCCGUGUCCAGGCUCAGCACCAAUCUACAGUCCACCUUCCGGCAGAGGCACGAGCACUUUGACAAGUUUUUCCGAGAGCUUCUGAAAAACGCCGAGCUCUCACUGCACAGCAUGUUCGUACGAACGUACGGCAUGAUGUACGUGCAGAACGCCGACCUGUUCAAGAACUUCUUCCAGGGCCUGACGCGGUACUACUCAUCUGGCAGCUCGGCCGUCAACCUGGAGUCCAUGCUGUCCGACUUUUGGGCCGACCUCCUGGAGAGGAUGUUCCGUCUGGUCAACGUGCAGUAUGAAUUCAGCGACGCCUACAUGGAGUGCGUCAGCCGUCACACGGAGCAGCUGCAGCCCUUCGGCGACCUGCCUCGCAAGAUCCGCAUCCAGUUGACACGCGCGUUUGUUGCCGCUCGCACCUUCGUGCGCGGCCUAAAUCUUUUGCCGGAGGUGGUGAAUAAAGUCUCAACGGUCAGUGCGUCUCCCGGCUGUGUGCGAGCGGCCAUGAAGAUGUUGUACUGUCCCUACUGCUCGGGCCAAGUGGCCUUGAAACCCUGCCAGAAUUACUGCCUCAAUGUCCUGCGGGGCUGUUUGGCCAACCAGGCUGACUUGGACACAGAAUGGAACAACUUUCUUGAUGCCAUGCUGAGCCUGGCUGACAGGCUCGAUGGUCCCUUCAAUUUCGAGUCCGUAGUGGAUCCCAUUGACGUGAAGCUUUCUGAUGCCAUCAUGACAAUGCAAGAGAACAGCAUGCAGGUUUCUCAGAAGGUUUUCCAUGGCUGUGGUCAACCUAAACCAAGCAUGGCAUUCCGCUCCAAGCGUUCUCCCAAGGAAACUAGCUUUACCGGCCGCUUCCGCCCCUACGGUCCUGAUGCAAGACCCACCACCGCUGCCGGAACUAGCUUAGAUAGACUGAUGAGUGAUGUCAAGAAGAAGCUGAAACAUGCCAAAAAGUUCUGGUCCACGUUGCCAGACACUGUGUGCACGGGGGAGAGGAUUGCACCUGGCGACGAUUGCUGGAAUGGGACAGCAAAAAGCAGGUACGAGUCGGUGGUGAUUGGAAAUGGGCUGGCCAAUCAGGUGUCCAACCCCGAUGUGGACGUGGACAUUACAAAGCCAGAUAUUGUCAUACGGAGUCAGAUUGCGGUUUUGAAGGAAAUGACAAGUUGGAUCAAAGCUGCUUGCAGCGGCAACGACAUCUCCGUCGAGAACGACGAGGAAGCCAGCGGAGGAGAGGAGAGCGGCAGUGGCUGCGAUUCUCCAUCCUGCGACACGGAUCGGGACAUCUACUUCUCGACUCCAACCAACCCGGUGGAUCCCAGAGUCAAUCUGGUUCACGCUGAAUCGGCUGGUGUGGCCUUGCAGGGAAGCAUGGCGCUGGCGCUCUGCGGGCUGGCCCUGCUUUUUGCCCACUUGAGAUAAAAGGAUUUGUGCGGCGAGAAGAAGAGAAUGACUUGGAACGAUGGAGUGAAACUGUCAGAAAGACUUUAUAAAGACUGCCUUCAGGACCUCAGACAGUCUGCCAUUGGGGAUGGGGGGGGUUGAGGACGACUCUUAAUAAUACAAUAACUUCACUUUUAAUCAUUUGCAUGUUUUACGGUCAACAGUGUCCAAAAAUCUUGAGUUUUUUCCCAAGAAAGGCAACUUUUACUCGCUCAGUUGGAGCGACUCUAUGCUUCUGGCUGCAGCAAAAAGAAAAAAAAAAUGUAAUUGUCUUCUUUUGGUAAUUGAAUACUCAAGUGUGCUUUCUUCAACACAUAACACCUAUGACAGGACAUAUCUUCCUCAUCUUUAUGUCCUCACAAAGACACGUAUUUGAGCAGUUAUGUGUGUUCAAUCAAAACAGUCAUUUAGCAAGCUGUGAAUCUCUGCACGAACCGACAUCCGCCAGUACGAAAUUUGGAAAAUGGAGUGUCGUCACUGCUUUGAAACGGUACUCCAUUUUCUUUGGAAAGACAGGGCAUCUUCUCAUCAUGGAGAUUCAGCCACAUCUUACUUAGUUUAGAAGAUCAAACCCGCACAGUCUAAUCGGCUGUGAGCUUGGACUUUUCUCCUUGGGCAGUUCAACAGUUCAUACGCUCAUACCUCAUGCGUUCUGUCAUUGUCAGUGCAAUCAAGUGAUACGGAGCUGGAAGUGUGUGAUGGAGAUGUCGAUAUGUGGGACUUCCGCUCCCCAGGUGAGCGGGGAUGGGGCCUGAGAAGGAGAAGGAGAAGGACUCCCCCUGGUGUUACCCCUGAAGAAGAAGGCAAAACUUACAAGUCCCGAAUGCCCCCUUUUGUGUGUACUGUAAGCUCAGUUCAGGACUGAAGAUGUGACCAUGUAAGCCGUACGUGUUGGAAAGAUGACAAAUUAAUUUGACAAUUAACUAGACAAGAGAACCAAAAGAGUGCUAUGAUCACAUUUGAAAACAUGGUUGGAUUUUGAGCUGUUUUUUGAUAUGAAGAUACUACUACUAGGUACUACAUUGGGUUUGGAAUGCUAGUUGUAGGUGGCUCCUUGGAUUCACACCUUUUACCUCUUCAAUGGCCUUUUUCAAUGUAAUUGGACAUGAAUCUACCUAGAUUUAUCCGCACAGUCUCACCAUUUCAACUCAUGCUUGCGCUACCCGAAUGAAUACCGUGUAUUUUGCCUGAUUCCUUUUUUUUUUUAAACCUUGGUACAGAAUUGGCAACAUCUUAAGAUGAAACGAAUGUAGAUUUUAUUGAAUUAUAUUGUGCUGAAAUUUGUUAACAGCUAAAAAGCACAACAUAUUUUUUGUUGAUGUCAUCUCUAAAGUUGUAGCCAUUGUACAGUAACUUAUGUCUUUCUAUGUUGUCAUACUUUAAAACCGGCUAAAGACUAUCUAUAACUUACAGUAUUCAUUGCCACUUCAAGGUCACAAAGUAUUUGAUUUUUUUUAUAUAUAUAUAUAUCCAGGGGCGGGGUUUAAAUAUGCAUUUUUAAGAUUUUUUUUUUCAAGUUUCUUUGCGUGUUUUCACUUUGGCUGGCAGAAAAUACUGUAAACCACUUCUUUUUUUUUUUAGUUUGGCUCUGAAUUUGACGGGUUGAUUGUAAGCUCACAACAAAAUGUCUUCCAAAUAAGUGAGCAGUCCAGUCACGAAGCAGUGAGAACAUCAUGUUAAAUAUGUCACUUUGAAGGAACCCCUAUGCAAACUGCCUUGAUUUCAGAUAAUGAAGCUUGAUUUGGCAUUUCUUCAUCACCAACAAUGUUUCUGUGUGCCGCCGUGGCGAGUGGAAGACUGGUGUCUAGUCAAGGACCCUCCCCUCUCCAAACAGCUUUCAUGGUAAACCUUGUGGGGAAAUAAUGGCACGUCUGUGCUUGCGGGCCACAGCAGCAUGCUCCGACAGGCGGGAGUCGGUCCCGCUGCAAAUUUGGAGCGUUUGAACCCCAAGUCCGGUUGGACAGUCGGUUCGAAGCCUUCCAUCAAAAAGAAUGGACUCAUUCUCUGAGGAGAGAGUGUGUGAACGACUGAAAAGAAGGCGAGAAGUGUAAAUAAAGAGCAGCCGCUUUAGAUGUCUCUAAAAGAGGCCGUAACUGUACACCAGAUUUUUACUUGUCAGAGUAUCUCCAAAAUGUUAUGGAAAAACAAGAUGAGAUAGAUGUUAAAUUGUAAGAGAAAAUGUAUAUUAAACAACAUUUCUUAGUCUUGUUAAAAUAAAGACUGCCAAUAUUUAA